UUGUAUUUUUCUGAGAACGAUGCUCCCAGACCCUGGGGUGUGCCCUUCUCUGGCAAAAGACAGAGCCCCUAGAUGUGCCUUGGAGUCGUUCUGCCGCAGGAUUCCGGUGUCCGCCCACUUAGCGGGAGUGGGCCUGCUGAUAGCCUUUCUUAGCACGCUCGGCUGCUUUGUACGGGCCCCAGGUCAACCACCUAGAAAUGUGCCUGGGACACAGAACGCUUUCAGUAAAUAUUCACUGAGUAUGAGCAUGAACAUGGCAGAAGGGGACACCCUGAUAUCAGUGGAUUAUGAGAUUUUUGGGAAGGUCCAAGGGGUGUUUUUCCGCAAAUACACUCAGGCUGAGGGUAAAAAGCUGGGAUUGGUUGGCUGGGUCCAGAACACUGACCAGGGCACAGUGCAAGGACAAUUGCAAGGUCCCAUCUCUAAAGUUCGUCAUAUGCAGGAAUGGCUUGAGACAAGAGGAAGUCCCAAAUCACAUAUUGAUAGAGCAAACUUCAGGAAUGAGAAAGUCAUCGUAAAGUUGGAUUACUCAGAUUUCCAGAUUGUGAAAUAAUGGCCCGAAUUUAAAUUUUCUAAGAUAAACGCACUGGUUUUGUUUUUAUUGUUAAUAUAGAACUAUUCUGUGUUCAGUAUUAGAAUUUGUCAGUAAGUUAUGUUAGUAUCAGAUAUUUGAAUAUCACUGUAUAUGUAUGAUAGAAGGAUGACAACUAACUAUUCACAAUUCUAAUAAAUAAAAACACAUUAGAACCUU